AUGUCACCUCGUCUGGCCAUUGUUCGGCUUCGCCCUCUGCGCCAAAAACCCAUCAGUAUCAUCAACUGCUACUCACCAACAUCAGCAGCUGAUGGAUCCGAAUCGGACGCGUUUUAUGAGCAGCUGGAAGAAGCCACAGAAGAGGAAUGCAGGAUUGGAAAAUUUGGACUAGGGGACCGGAAUGAAAAUGGCAAUCGUCUCGCCGGGCUGUUGUCCGCCGCUCGCCUCUUUCAUGGGAACUCUCUUUUCAUGAAAAAAGAUCAUCGUCGGUGGACAUGGGAAUCUCCCAAUGGCGCGACUCGUGCGGAGAUCGACCACAUACUCACCAAACGGAGGUGGUAUCUACUUGACGUCUCAGUAGUACCAUCCUUUUGUAGUGGUUCUGAUCACCGUAUCCUUCGUGCGAAAAUGCGACUUAGCCACACGAUGGAAAAGAACAUCUGCUAUCGGCAGCGAAGGAGAAAAGAAGUUAUCUACGAUUGCGUACUCGAGGACCCCUUGUCCCAAGGUGACUGGCACAUCAAGGAGGACCCAAACGUGGACUACGAGAUGCUGCUCAGAGGAUUACGAGCCUGUGCCUCGAAGCCGCGCAGGACAAACUUGGAUCGAAUUUCGAAGACCACCAAGGAAUUGAUAGAAAGAAGAAGGGUUUUUGAGGAGGAUCUUUCGAAAUACAGGCAGAAGAAAAUUCUGGAAGCAGCACAAAGAGGAACGAGUCUAAAGAAGUGUUACAGGGAUCUUCGCGAAUAUUAUAUUCCGCUAGCAGGCUUGCUGAGCGAAGACGGGACUCGCACGUCUUCCCGUCGUGAGAUGGAAAUCAUGCCGGAGAGGUUCUACUCAAACCUUUUCCGUUCAUCAACUCCUGUGUCAAGCCCGAUCAUCCCCACUGGCGACACUCCACCACGGACUCCCUUUGGAACAGACUUUCUUCGGGCUGACGGCCAUCCGCUUCAUGUAGUCUUAGCAAUGCACAUGACAUCCUACCUUCAGAAAGAAAGGAUCCCAGACCAGUGGGAGACCUCGCGAACCAUUCUUAUCCACAAGAAAGGUGACCGAGAGGACCUUCGGAACUAUCGUCUGAUAUGCUUGCUGAGGGUGUUAUACAAAGUAUUCACUGAGAUCAUUCUCACGCGCAUAUCUAGGACGCUGGAUGAAACCCAGCCUCAAGAACAAGCUGGAUUCCGUCAGGGGUUCAGCUGUUUGGACCACAUCCACACCGUAUCGAGGGUCAUACGGGUUGGCUGGGAAUGCCGCCUGCCCCUUGUUCUAAUCUUCGUCGACUAUGAGGAAACUUUUGACAGCAAUACUGUCAGCGCUGGUCGAUCAAGGUGUGGACGCGUCAUAUGUGAGGACAUUAGCCAAUUGCUACGAUCGAUGCACGACUAG